UGCGACAGUGGUAGGGGGCGGAGAGGCCCAGAAGUGACAGCAGAGGGCUACUCUGCAUGGAAAUGUUGUUGUGUAUUUCCUGCCUCCGAAUACUGAAUCAGAUAGGUCGACUUGAGUUUGGGAAGUAGUCCAUCUUUAUAAGAAGGACGACAGUGGCCCAAUGAAACGGACGCGUUCCGGUUGACGAAGAUGCAGAGCAAGAGACCGGUCUACAGGAUAUGGGAUGUGAGCCAGAAAACCUUCUACCUCAGGAACAACCAGCUGGUGGCUGGUUACCUACAGGCCUCCAACAUGGCCCUGGAAGAGAAGAUUGACGUGGUGCCCAUCUCUCCAUUCAACAACACCAUGUUCAUGGGGAUCCAGGGUGGCAACCGCUGCCUGGCUUGCGUCAAGACCGGAGACCAGCCCGUGUUGCAACUGGAGGAAAUAAACAUCGCAGACCUGGCCAAGGCCGGGGACCAAGCGAAGCGUUUCGCCUUCAUCAAGUCUCACCCGGGGCCCACCUUCCGGUUCGAGUCAGCCGCCUACCCUGGCUGGUUCCUCUGCACCUCCCAGGAGGACCAGCCCGUGGGCCUCACCAGGAGGACCAGCCCGUGGGAUCACGCCCAGGAUCCCAUCACCACCGACUUCUAUUUUGAGAAGGACUAACCCCGGCUCAGCUCCUCCCCCACGCCUUGCGGCCCAGCUCCAGCUCGGGCCCAGCUCCAGCUCGGGCCCCUACUGAGCUCCGGGGUGCCCCCUCCCCAACCUGGCAAGGGCACCUCUGUCGCCGCCCCUCCGGGGCCUUAGGAUUGUGGCUGAAGCUCUCUCCCUACUCCAGACUUCUCCCAUUACAGGUCUCCCUCACUUCACCCUGGGCCUGUAUUCCACUCAAGUGAAGCAGUGCCAAGUGAAUCCCCUUGGGCACUGAAAAAUGGGGUUUGGGAGAUAUCGUGGGCCCACAUUCACCCAACUGAGCAUCUAGUCUGUCAGUUUGGUGCCCACUCCUGAGCCUACUGCUCCCAGGGGGCUGGUGAUGCCAGGAGGGUAUACAGUGUGGCAAGGGUUUGGAAAUCCCCAGAGGUAGGGCCAUUUCACUGGGCUGUUCUCGGCCUUUGCUGCCAUGACCGGGACCUACAGGAUUUUCUCCCAAUAAAACCUUGAGGUCCUUAGGACAGUG